CCUUUGUCGACCCUGCCCCUCUCGCCGAACGGCUCUUCCGCCGACCGAUUCUCUCGCGGAGCCCAGGUGCGCCGCCGCCCGCUCCUCCAGGAGGCGGCGCUUGGUGUCUUCCGCCGGUCGAUUCUCCCGCGGAGUUCAGGUUUUUUCAAGAUACGUGGGCUUGGGACGGGCCGGGAACAGCAAGAAAUUCAGAUUCAGUUGGGUGGCUCGGAAUGGACCUAAUACUUCCGUUUAAAGUUGGAGAUGCCGUAGAAACAAGAUCCUAUAAUGUUGGUUAUAGGGGUGCAUGGUUCCGUUGCAAGAUCACGGAUAUGUGUAUUAGGAGCGGUCACAUGGAGUGUCAGGUGGAGUAUAUAGACUAUCCAGAUGAAAGAAGGAAAUGGAACAGACUCUACAAAGUUCCUCCAAAAUGUCCUAAUCAGAAAGCAAGUCCGAAUAGGGAGAUCAUGCUACGACCUCCUUUUCCUCAAUGGUGUUGGGAGAAUGAUAUUUCUAAGCUUGGGCUGCAAAUGGAUGUUGUAGCAGUUGUAAGCAAUCCUUGGAAAGUAGGUGACUUGAUUGACUGGUGGUACACUGAUUGUUUCUGGACUGGGAAAAUUAUUGAGUUGUUGGACGAUGACAAAGUUAAGAUAAUUUGUCCUGAAAUACCAUUAGGUGAAGGUGGAUGCUGGGUUGCCGAUCCCAACGACCUGAGGCCAGCACUAGAUUGGUCCCUCGAAAAAGGUUGGAGCACCCCUCUUUCACAGGAAAAUGGUAAAUGCUGGCAUACUGCUCGUUUGAUUGCAGGGGACCAAGAUACAGGAAGUAGCAGCUCAGAUGACGAUGUUGAGCAAUCUUGUGAUGGUAACGAGGUACUACAAAGAUGCUUGAAUGGAUCAUCUGAUUCAUUGGAGCAAGAAAUAGGAAAAUGCCAGGAGUUGGCGUAUCCAGGUGUAAAACAUCCAGCCAAUACAAAUGGCAGGUGCUGCAUGAAAAGUCAAAUAGACGGUGAAGAGGAACCACAAAAGUUCAUGAAUGAAGAGCCUGACGCGUCUCUGGAGGCGAUCGAUUCAAAAGUGCAACUCGCACCCAAUGAAACCGUUGAAUGUUGCACGAACAGCCAAGCAGACUGUCCAACGUCUCCUGUGGUCAAUUCAGGACAGUCUCCUCAGUUCCUAACCGAUGGGCAAUCAAGUCCCGUCAGUUUCGAGAAACUCACGACGUCAAGUGAGCCUGACGAUUCUCUGGAGGUCACCGAUUCAAAAGUGCAACUCGCACCCAAUGAAACUGGUGAAUGUUGCAUGAACAGCCAAGCAGACUGUCCGACGUCUCCUAUGGCCAAUUCAGGACAGUCUCCUCAGUUCUUUACCAAUGAGCAAUCAAGUCCCCCCAGUUGUAAGAAACUCAAGACCUCAAGUGAGCAUGCAUCACUUAAGCCUACUGGCACCGUUAGCGAGACCACAAUGAAACUGCAGGAACUAGUAAACAAAAUCAGACGGGCACAAAAUCUCCUGCAGUCUGUUGACUAUGCUCCAUCAAGCAUAGCGCUGGCACCUUGGAAAUUUGAGGAAAAUAACCCAUGGCCGAAGCGUAACUGAAGUUAUGUUUAUUCUGGUAAUUAAUCGUCUUGUUCAGAAUUUCCAGUUGCUAGAAGUGCCUUUGAAGAUAUAUAGUGGUAGCACAGACCGACUGAUCCUGGCUCAGUGGUCCUGUUCGGACAGGUAGUGAUACCCGACAAUCUAUAGAUAGGGCUUCAAAAAAGCAACUGGUCAUGCCCAGUAUUGUAGUUAGCUCCAAGAAAGAUCAUCUUUCCUUGCAUGAUCAGGUUAAGACAUUAGGAACACUCUAGUUUCUGUUACUGCUCUCUGCAAUUAAAUUUACCAUCAAUAGCCAAGAGUUCUGUUA